AGUGCUUCUUUAUAUAUUUAAUAAACUAACUUAAAGCUAACGCAAACGCAGCAAUGGACAUCGAUGACGUUGCGAAAGCGGGAGAAGCGUACCACACAGUGCAGCUGUCGACCAAAGAAGUGUUGGCUGCUGGUCGCCGUCAGAAUUAUUGCACCAUGAUAGACUUGCUGGCCACCAGCUGCAAGACCACGGGCCUUAUAGGCACUUCCUUCACAGAUAAUGAACUCGUAGAAUUCUGGCUGGGCGACAUCCUCCCGCUGAUGUUCGACGCUGACCGAAAGAUACAGAACUGCGCCGUGGCUGCUCUGGCGGAGGCUCUGGUUGCCCUGGACGUGUCGGUGAUACAUGAGGCCACAUGUUGGCAAAAAUUAAGGAGCGACUUUAUCGAGAAAUACACACCGCUGAUUGGGGAGAUGCGAGAUGCAAGGAACCCAAACUGGCACAAGAUCUGGACCCUUUUGGUGCAGAUAAUGGAUGAGGAGCUGCUACGGGGAUGCACCUACAUUAACAAAUUCCUGGCCAUCGUUGAGAUGGGCUUCCGGAAUCCAGACCACGGAGUGCGCUCCGAGGCCUUCCUUUGCUGGCGUGUGCUGAUCAAGAUAUUCGCCGCCUAUGAUGAGCUGGCAUCUUCGAAGCGCCUUCGACUGCUCUUGAUACCCCUGCGCACCUCUCAGUCGCGCUCCUCUCAUGUGAGCGGGAUUAAGCUGCGUGUCUGGUGGUACCUCAUCACCUGCCUUCACUCAGAGUUGCCAAAGACCUUUGACAAUGCCGUCGAGCAUUUCCUAAUCUUCAUCUUCGGCGGCGGACCGCGGGGACUGGCCACCGGGUUGGCCCACAACUAUCAGUCGUCCCGCGAGCUCGCCCUGCCCUGCCUCGUGUCGCUGUGGAAUGUCGACUCGAGUGAACCCCUGCAGCGUCUGAUGCGUGAGCUUCGCCUGGAGCCACUUACCCAGCCCUCACCAUUGAUGAGUUCAGAGGUCUUGCAGCAGCACUGGCGUCCCCUGCUGGCUGCCGCUGUGGCAGGCAUGAAGCUGCUGACCCAGAACGACUCCACGGAGUCGGAGCAGCUGUUGCUGCAACUGCUGAUGCGCAACCUAUGUCGCGCAAUGUUCAGGCUGGGCAUUGCCUCCUUUAACAUAGCUUGCUGCGGGGAAAUCGAGUCGAGUCUGCUCAGUCCUGACGCGUCAGGUGGUCGCAUAGUGCGAGCGGUCUUUAACACCAUAGCGAGUGAGAGCCUGGAGAUGGAGCGGGUGGCCGGCAGCGAUUUCCUGGACGUCCUGGAGGCCUACCUGAAACUGUGCCUCAAGGCCAAGAAGGAGGUGCCGCCGGCCAUCCUGCAGCGAUGCAUAUCGGCGAUUUACGCCACAGACAACAUCGAUGCCAGCAACCAAAACGAAUUUCGUUUGCUAAGCUCUUUUGCAGAGCUCUUGAUGCAGCCCAAUGAAGAGGAGGAUCACGAGGACUUCGCCGUUAAGCUGCACGUCUGGCGGCAGGUGUCCCAGGCCAUGACCAACUACCUGCGGGAUAAUUCUCUCGAGUAUCGGCUGCCCCACAAUGCCGCCCUGCUGGAUACCUGGCUUCUGUGGCCCCUCCAGACCUGUGCCGCCUUCGCCGGGCGGCGCGUGAGCAACGCUUUUGACAGCAGCUUCUGCGAUCAGUGGCGACAGCUCGUUCACGCCGGCCAGAACGCCCCCGACCGGAAGAAGUUUGUGGGGGACCUGAAGACAACCUUGAUCGAUUUGCUAAAAAGCAAAGACGAGCCGCUCUUCUACGAGUUCUUCGACACGUAUGUGGCGGCAGUGCUAAAGCUGGGCCUCUGCAAGGAUCCGCCCCUGUACAAGGACGUAUUUGGCUUGCUCCAGGCCGUGUUUGAGCAUCCGACGCAGCAGAUCUUGGAGGCUUGUCUCAAUACGCUGCGCAAUGUGAUCCUGGAUCUGCGUCAGAACGAACUCAUGGUGGUGUUUGAUGCCCUCAAGCCGACUCUUUCGGCUGGCAUUCAGUGCUGGAACAAGAACAAGUACGAAGGCAGCUUUCUGGAUGAGUGGAAACGGUCAAUUCAAGAGAAGUUCCGUAAGCUGCAAAUGAAGACGAUGGCCAACCAGCUAAAGGACAUAUUCAAGGGCGAGGACCUGUUCGUUAUCAUACCCUCUGUAUGGAGUCUGAACCCGGAGAAACUCACGGACCGCCAGAAGGAGCGUUUUGCAGAGAAGUCGGACAUUCCCGCCCUCUACAAUGACAUGAGCCAGUCCCAGGACUCUAACUCGAUCAAACCGUGGACGCCCAAGAAGGUUGUGAUUGCCAAGAGCAAGCAGGGAGAGCUGGCCAUCGCAGGCAAGAAUAAUGAUGAGGAUAAUGUCAUCGUUAUAUCGGAAAGUCUGCCCAUCGACGAGCCAGCCGCUAUUGUCGUCACUCCCAGCCGCAAGGUGGCCAGUUCCAAUUCCAAUCCCGUUGCAACCACAGAGAAGAAUAAAUUCCGGAAGCCACGUACUCUGGCGGAUCCAAUGGAGGAGCGCGUUGAGGAGGUGCCAAUGCGUCAGACCCGCAAGCGUGCAGCUCUGAGGGAAGCGCAAACACAGCCACCUGCCACGCCCGAGCGACAGACACGGUCGCCCAAGAAGGCGCAGCCACAGCCACUGCCACUGUCACUGUCUUCCCCCUCUACGAGCUCAGCAGCUGUUGCCAAAAUAAAUAUAGCCAAGGCCACUCCCAUGCAGAGUGAAGAUCUUUUCCCAGAGGUAGCAGCUACAUCUUCAGCUGAGCCUGAAAAAUCGGCCAAUGGCCCCGAAACCCAACUUACCCCACCGGAUAUGCCAAUGGAACCGAUACCCUCCACUCAAUUCCUACCCGGAAACAGUGUGGAGGCAACUCCAGCUUCGGAAACCUCCCCAAGGAAAUCCAGCGCACGCUUGUGCAAUUUGAAUUCUCCACCGGAUCGCAAACAGACCAAUAACUCCACGAGCCCCACAUUAAGGCCGAAGCCAACUGGGCAUCUGACAGGGCGAGGGGCUCAGCUGAUCAACAUGAUUCGCAACAAGAAACUGGACGGCGGGUGCGGCUCUAUCUCCCCCUAUGCCCCCCUGUCGUCCCGUGUUCAGGUUACUCCGGCCCGUGUACUCGACCGAGCGGAACAGUUGUCCACGCCCACCAGUGAGCUGAACGAGCUGACAGGAACGGAUCAUACCUCCACCCCCAUACAGGCCAAGGAUCUGCUGGUGUUCUCGAAGCGCCUACCCUCGCCUUCGGCCAGUCCGUCGGUGAGCAUCCUGAAGCGGAAACUGCGCUGUGAGAGCAUUGAUGACUCCAUGUCGUACGAGUCGCCUGCCCUGAAGCGCAAGCGGGUCAGCUUCCACGAUCCGCCUGUGUCCGUUACGAAGGAAUAUCUGCGGGACGCGGAUGAGAGUCGCAGCAGCAAGCCCAAGCGUUGUCUGCUGAUGGACAAGAUCGCCCAGACAUCCGCGCUGAAGCGCCGUGGUCGUCUGGACAGCAUCAUUGAGAUUGAGAAGUUUGCCCACGAGCAAACGGCCAGGUCAGCCACAGCGGACAAAACGCUGGACAAAUCCUCAGAUGUCGUGGAGGAGGAUGCUUUCACCACCCUCAAGUGGAACGAUUCAACGACGACGGCGCACAACUGUACUCCCAGUUUCCAUUCCGGUGCAGCCAGCACUGGAGAGAGCUUCAAGGAGGGGAGAGAGGCCGCCGUCUGCCAGGAUGUCGCUAUUUUGGACACAGACAAGGCGCUGGACCUGCUGGUGAGCCGGUGCUCCCUGGAGACCGUCUUGCAGCGCUACUUUGACGAGGACACUGGCUCCACUCUGAAGAGUGCCGGCAUAGUGGCCAAAUUCCUGUCCAGCCAGAUGAGCACCAACGAUAAACUCAAGACGAAUGUGCUGGAGACGCUGUCCGAGAAUUACUCCAAGGACUUUUUGGACCACGCUGUGCGCGAGAAUCUCUCGUCGGUGGUUUGCGAUCGACUCAAUCUGCAAUCGGUGCUCGACUACAUAUGCGCCAAGUCCAAGAUCAACAACAACUGCCGCAGUAGCCUGUUGGCCCAGAUCCCGGACAUCCUCAAGAGCGACACUGAGCGUCUCGCCUUAGUCCAGCAGCUGUUGCUGCAGUGGACCCCUAGCGAUGACCAACUGUUUGAUCUCAUCAACCACCUGAUACGUUCUCGCAGCGAUCGAAACACCAGCAGCUGCAGCGUCGCCGUCGGCAGCCCUGACAAUGUGGCCGAAACAGCAGCGGACUCCUCAUCCAAUUUAUAAGCAGAUCCAGCCAACGGGAGCCCUCCCGUUGAAUCCAUUGAAACGACAGCUUUUCAGCCAACAUAAAUAAUUGUAUUUAUAACAUGCUGCUAUUGCACACCCAUGGAUACACACCACUUGGAUCUUAGUUAAGCUUUCGUUGAUCCUUAAGUUAAUUAUUUUAUAGUCAUAUCUUGAGAGUUUUGCAUUAAUUGUGAAACUUUUUGAAUACAACUGUCUUAAUUCAUUUGUACACUAAAAAAAAUUAAAUACCAGUUGUGGCAGAAUA